AUGCUGAUAUAUUGCAAGGAAGAAAAUCAUUUUGAUUUGACUUAUUUAAAUAUCGAACCACGUUAUACUUUAGAUCAAUGGACUUUUGUUAUUGGUGAAUUAAUAAAAGUAAAGCAACCAGAUGGAUACGUAGAAGUGCAGCAGAUUACAUUUGAAUCUCUUGAAGGAACAGCUGGUUCAAAAUUUUUGAAUUCUCGCCAUGUUAAAAGUUGGCAUGUUAAGACUGUUAAGUGUAGGGCACCAUCACUUUUAUCUACGAAUCUUUGUUAUUUCAAUUUGAUCAUAAAUAAUAUUAGUAUGGAUGAAUUGAAACAACUAGUUUAG